AUGCCUUCUCCGGCGCUCGGAGGAUACACCCCGCUGCUCGGCGUCUAUGGCGUAGUAUCGUUUCUCCGUAACGCAGUGUUACUCACGUCAUCAUCAUUCAUUCUCAUCGUUUUCAUUGUCGUCGGAUACCGCCUGUUUCUUCAUCCUUUGGCUCGCGUACCUGGGCCCAGGCUUGCUGCCAUUUCCAAUGUGUGGCAUGCUUACCAUGUUCGCAAUGGGCGUAUGCUCACGCUGGGAAAGACGCUUCAUAAGCGGUACGGACCGGUUGUGAGAGUUGGGCCAAAUGAGGUGUGGUUUGAUUCUGUAGAUGCGUUCAAGCACAUUUAUCGAGCCGGUAGUGGUUAUGAAAAGUCCGAUUUCUAUUCAUACCUCAAACGGCACGAACCGGCUCUCGACGCAGUACUCGCUCGAGUGAUCACCACCCUCCGUUCUCUCAACGGCGCCGAGGUAGACCUCAAGGAAUGGAUGCACAUCAUAGCCGUCGAGUCCCUCUCGGCCGUCGUCCUAACCUGGUCACCAAACUACCUCCGCGACCACACAGAUCACUCAUCCAGCACCCACGGCUACCUCGGCUGGCGCCGCAAGUCCGUCUUUGGGCUCUUCCCUCUCGCCGUGAAGGCAGAGCUGUUCUCCAAAGCAUUGGGGAGAACAUUUGCUAACCUCUGGCGCGUGACGUACAAAACGCCCAAGAACUUUAAGCCAUUCUUCACUGGCGUCUACCGGCAGGUCUCGCGGAGGGUCACCUCGUCCCUGGCGAAUAAGCCAGUCUCGAAGAAUGAUCGUAAAGAAGACUUCCUUGUGGAUCUGAUCCAGCUACACAAGGACAAGCCGGAAUUCACGGAACAGUAUCUCCGUCGAAUGGCAAUCACCAAUUUUGGAGCAGGGCAUGAGACCAUGUGUUCUGCGCUGACGUCCAUCAUGUCCAUGAUCGGAUCACACCCUGAAGUGCAGAAGCGAAUCUCAGACGAAAUUUGCUCCACGACGGAAGAUCCCAAGGUGUAUGAUAACGCCAUUCGUUUAGAUUAUACGCAAGCAGCCAUUAAGGAGGCACAACGGUUGUAUCCUGUCCUCGGGAUGGCUCUGCCCCGCGCGGUGCCCUCUGAAGGACUUGUAGUUCACGGAGAGACCUUUCCACCCGGGACUACUGUCGGCUGCAACCCUGUCUCAUUACACAGGAACCCGCUCAUAUUCGGCCCAGAUGCGGAAGAAUACCAUCCGGACCGCUGGCUGGACUCGGAGAGGGACCUCAAGGGUAUGGAACGGUUUAAUCUUACUUGGGGCGGGGGCGGAAGGAUGUGUCCCGGGCGACACCUCGCGGAACUGGUCGUUUACAAGACGAUACCCGCGCUGCUGGAGCACUUUGAUGUGGAGGUUCAGAUGCCGCCUGAAUCUGAGAUACAGUACUACUUCAUGGCGAUGCUCACUGGGGUGAAAGCCCGGUUCUUGCCCAAGAAGUCAAAACAUUCAUGA